CAGAAGCUUGAGAAAAUUCAUAAGAUUUCAAAAUAAGGCACUUUACUAAUCUGCAGUGUGUCGUAAAUCUUAAGUAAUAUUUUCUGUUUCAUAAGUGUAUCAUAUAUUGUAUUCUUAUUAAUUUAAAAUUAUUUCAACCCGAUCUCAUGAAAAAAAAAAAAAAAAAAAACAUUUUACGAGGUGGCGAUUUCGUAUGAACUUUCGUGUGAACUUAUUCUAACGAAAACGUACGAAUUCAUAAUUAACCACCUAAAAACAUAGGAAAAAACACGCAGAAAGUGCGCAUGCGCGGUACGCAGCACUUGUGUCUCGUCGCCUUAGUAACGGUUUGUUGACACAGUCUUCAGUGGCGUGAUGAAACUAAAACGGCUGCACAUACGAUACUAUCCACCAGGAAUAUUCCUGGACUAUGAGAAAGGGGGGCAGCUCAGAACGAAAUCCAUCGAUCUGUUAAACUUGACUCCAGACACUGAUGUGAAUGAGUUACUGUCAGAUAUUAGAGCAGCUGAACCUCUCAUCACCUCCUCCUGCGCUGAGCAGGUCAAGGCCCUGAUCUGCAAACUACAAGAGAAAGUCAGCCAAAAGGAUGACCGCAAGUUCUACCUUUUCAGGGCACUUCAGGCUCACAUCUUGCCCCUGACGAAUGUAGCCUUCAAUAAAUCAGGAUCGAGUUUUAUAACCGGAAGCUAUGACAGGACUUGUAAAAUAUGGGACACCGCAUCCGGAGAGGAGCUGCACACUUUGGAGGGUCACAGGAACGUUGUGUACGCCAUCGCCUUCAACAACCCUUACGGAGACAAGGUUGCCACAGGCUCCUUUGACAAGACCUGCAAAUUGUGGAGUGCUGAAACAGGAAAGUGUUUCUACACGUUUAGAGGGCACACAGCAGAAAUCGUCUGCCUGGCCUUUAACCCUCAGAGUACCUUGGUUGCUACGGGAAGCAUGGACACCAUGGCUAAAUUAUGGGAUGUUGAGAGUGGGAAAGAGGUGUCCACAUUGGCAGGUCACUUCGCUGAGAUCAUCUCUCUCUCCUUUAACACAACGGGCGAUCGUUUGGUCACGGGGUCGUUUGACCACACUGCCAUUCUGUGGGACGUUUCUACUGGCAGCAAAGUUCACGUUCUCACAGGUCACCGAGGAGAAAUCAGUUGUGUUCAGUUCAACUGGGACUGUUCCCUCAUCGCCACGGCCUCUCUGGACAAAACCUGCAAGGUGUGGGACGCAGACAGCGGUCAGUGUUUGGCUACUCUCUUGGGUCAUAAUGAUGAAGUGCUGGAUGUGUGUUUUAACUACACUGGUCAACUGAUCGCUACAGCGUCUGCUGAUGGUACAUCAAGAGUGUUCAGCGCAGAAACCUUCCAAUGUUUGUGUCAAUUAGAGGGCCAUAAAGGAGAGAUAUCAAAGGUGUGUUUUAAUCCGCAGGGGAGCCGUGUUUUGACGGCGAGCGUGGAUAAGACGGCUCGUGUGUGGUGUGUGAGCACGGGAGCGUGUUUGCAGGCGCUGGAGGGCCAUUCUGAUGAGAUCUUCUCCUGUGCUUUCAACUACGAGGGAGACACCAUCAUUACAGGCAGUAAAGACAACACCUGCAGGAUCUGGCACUGAGAGAGCGGCCUGAACUCUGAUCUUACAGUAUUCCCACACCUCUUUUGAUUAAGAUAUUGUGUGUCAUCUUGUCUCACUGCCCUAGUAUUUCAGUUCACAGAGAACAUGUAUGUGGAGGACAUUAUGGUAACACUUUACAUGUAUAAUGCAUUAUAAAGGUAUUCAUAAUGCAUGUUGUGAUGCAUUAUAUCUUUCAUGAAUAACUGCAAGCAAAGUUAAAAUGCUUUAUAAUAUUUGCAGAUUCUUUAUAAUGUUUAAAAAUGGUUGUUUGUCAUGUUUUAAUGCAUAAUGAUUCUUAUAGGUGUAGUGCAGAAUAGAUAAAUAUUAUAAUUUAUUAUAACUGUCAUUAUUCAUGAGAUACAAUGCAUUGUAAGGUGCAUUACAAGGCAUAAUUAAUGCAUUAAAAAUACUUUUAUAAAGUAUUAUAAUAUAGGGCUUUGAGUUCAAGUGUUCCCAACAUAAUUUUUGGAGUUAUUUUUUCCCCUUAAAAAAUAUUUUGUCAAUUACAAGUUCAAGGGAUAGUUCACCUUAAGUUGCUGGUCCCCAUUGACUGUCAUAGUGUUUUUUUUUCCAUACUAUGGAAGUCAAUGGGGACCAGCAACUGAAGGUGAACUAUCCCUUUAAACUCAUGCUGUCAAUUAUCACAAAAAAUGCAUGAUUCAUACCUGUUGAUUAAACCAAAAAUAAUGCUAUAUAAUGGAAGUCAAUUGGAAAACUGUUGCUCUAUAGACUUUCAAUCUAAGUGCAUGCUUGUCAACAUUAUUUUUUUUGAUUGUACAACCUUUAAUAUGAAGUCAGGUAUUCAAUAUUAAGGCUUAUUAUAUUAAAUCAAUUGUUUUCUGUAUUUAUCCUGGAAUAUCUCCUUUUUAGCAUGCUAGUCUAUUUUUAGGUUAAAGGAAUAAUUCAUAGAAAUAUGAAAAUUUGCUAAAAAUGUACUCUCAGGCCAUCAAAGACGUACAGUAUAUGAGUUUGUUUCUUCAUCAGAUUUGGAGAAAGGUAGCAUUACAUCACUUGCUCACCAAUGGAUGCUCUGCAGUGAAUGGGUGCCGUCAGAAUGAGAGUCCAAACAGCUGAUCAAAACAUCACAAUAAUCCACAAGAUUCUAGUAUAUCAAUUAAGUGAAGAGCUGUGUGUUUGUAAGAAACAAAUCCAGCAUUAUCGCUUCUAGACAAAAUUUGACUCCAUUAUCUAUGAUGAUGCUUCCUUCCAGUGAAAAAAUUUCUGUCUUCUUAAACAAAAUCCACCCAUUUUCACUUCACAAGAUGUUAAUUGAUAGACUGGAGUGGUUUGGAUUACUUGUGGAUUAUUGUGAUGUUUUUAUCAGCUGUUUAGACUCUCAUUCUGACGGCACCCAUUCACUGCAGAGGAUUCAUUGGUGAGCAAGUGAUGCAAUGCUACAUUUCUCCAAAUCAGUUCUGAUGAAGAAACAAACUCAUCUACAUUUUAGAUGGACUGAGCAUGAAUAAAUGUUCAACAGGUUUUUAAUUUUGGGUGCAUUUUCUUUAACAGAUAGAUGAAUGUGUAUAUAAACUCAUUUAUUCAAAUGUGUGGCUGUUUUCAAAUAAAGGCUGUCUACAUCAAA